AUCCCACAGCAGUCUCGGGGAUUUCCAGCACAGCUACUCACAUAUAAGCAGGCAUGAGGACUCUUUUCUCACUCAGCCUCUGAUUGCAGACAUGGCAUCCUGCAUCUGUGUUGUCCAUUCAGAGCAAUGGCCAUUGAUGACCUUUGACACCAGUGAGAAUGACAAAGUGAAGAAGAUAAAUGAGCAUAUCAGAUCCAAAACCAAAGUCUUUGUGCAGGACCAGAUCCUUUUGCUAGGCUCCAAGGUCCUCAAGCCCCAGAGAAAACUGUCGUCUUAUGGCAUCGACAAGGAAACGGUCAUCCACCUCACCCUGAAGGUGGUGAAGCCCAGUGAUGAGGAGCUGCCCCUGUUUCUGGUGGAGUUAAGCAAUGAAGGGCAAAGGCACCUCCUCCAAGUUCGAAGAUCCAGCUCAGUUGCCCAGGUGAAAGACAUGAUUAAGAGUGAGACAGCUGUGAGCCCCAAGGAUCAGAUCGUGACUUGCAAUGGAAAGAGGCUGGAAGAUGGAAAGGUCAUGGCUGACUACAACAUCAAGAGCGGCACUUUGCUCUUUCUGACAGUGCGCUGCAUUGGGGGGUGAUGAUGGGGAUGGGGUGAUGAAAGGAUCAAAGCCCAUUUUCUUUUAGCUAUUACCAAUCAUACCUCUGGGUGAGAUAAAAAAAAUAAUGAGAGUGAAAUAAAGACUUGAUCUGAGUGGGUGAAUUAAGAAUAUUUGUCAAGUCUGUGCUUCCUUGUUUUUAAUAAUAAUUCAUCAUGUGGCAGGAUUGUUGUUGAGAGCAAAAACUGAAACCUUAGUCAGGUGUGGUGGUGCACACUUUUAAUUCCCUGGGAGUCAGGGAUAGGUGGAUCAAUGAAUAAUUACUGAAGCAAAUUGAGUCCUACUUUUAAAAAAGAGAAAUAAUGUAUUAUGAUUUUUUUUACUGUAACAGGAUCACAGUCAAUAAAUGAUUUAUAAAUUCA